AUGACAAAGUAUGCAUCAUUUGCUUCGUCUCUAAACAAUGUUCUCCAUCGGGAUUUAAAAGCUGCGAACAUUUUGAUUGAUAAAAACGGCAUUCUUAAAAUAGCAGAUUUUGGUCUGGCUCGAACAACUGUUGCCUCUCUUCGUCCUGAUCGCCCAACACGUUAUACUGGACGAGUUGUUACUUUGUGGUAUCGACCUCCUGAAAUUCUCCUAAAUGACCGCCAUUAUGGAAAGCCUGUAGAUAUGUGGGGUGCUGGUUGUAUUAUGGCUGAAUUAUGGACAAAGUAUCCUAUUAUGCAGGGGGACAACGAAAUUAGUCAGUUGAACCUUAUCAUUAAUCUCUGCGGAUCUAUAACACCUGAAAUAUGGCCAGGUGUAGAACGUUUGGAAACAUUUAGAGAAGCUCGUCUACCUCAGGACAUUAAACGACAUGUUCGAGAGAAAUUGACCCCCAAAAUUUCUUCGCUUGCUGCUGUAGAUCUCAUUGACCAAUUACUUGUCUUAGAUCCCAGCAAACGUCUUGAUGCUGAGCAGGCGCUUUCACAUGACUACUUUUAUGAAGAUCCUCCAGUAGGUGACUUGCGAUCUUUUUCCAAAUCCGGGACAUCUUAUCUGGAAUUCUUGUCGUCAAAUAACGCUCGUGGUCGUAUGUUACAAGGAGCAAAUCGUCCAGGAAUCGUACGUGGUCCAGUUGUCGGGCCUGGGCAGCAAAUGAAUUAUCUUAAUGGGCCUGGCAUCAUGCAUCCUAAUCGUCGUCCACCUAUACCAGAUGACAAUUCGUAUUAUGAGCGUGUUUUUUAGUUUGGUGUGCUUGUCUG